CUUACUAUAAAAGUGGCUGAUCGCCAGCAGGAAAAUAUCAGUCACUCAACAGGACUAGUACAACAAUCAUGGUCUCCGUCAAGCUCAUUGUCGCCCUGUGCGCUUUCGCCGCCGUCGCCCAGGCUGGAUACGUUGCCCACGCCCCCGCUGACUACCACUCUGUGCCCAACUACUCGUUCGAGUACGGCGUUGCCGAUGCGCACACCGGCGACAAGAAGAGCCAGUCCGAGACCCGUCACGGAGACGUCGUCAAGGGACACUACAGCCUGGUCGAGGCUGACGGCACCACCCGCACCGUCCACUACACCGCUGAUGCCCACAACGGUUUCAACGCCCAUGUGACCAAGUCCGGACACGCCGUCCACGCCGCCGCCCCCGCUUACCACGCCGCUGCUCCCGCGUACCACGCCGCCCCCAUUGCUCACGGAUACGCUCACGCCGCCCCCGUCGUCGCUCACCCCCACGGUGCUCCUCUGGCCUUCGCCACCCCUCUGGGAUACGGACACGGAUUCGCCAAGAUCAACCGUGGAUACUAAAUUUCCAAAACCAAUCCCUCGUGUUUUGCGAUCGAUCUCCAGUCAAUGUCAUUCAUUUGUAAAUAAAAAUCACCAUACAAGAAAAA